AUGAAAACUAAAAAUACACUCGAUAAUGCUAUCUCUAAUAAAAUUUAACCUGAAUAACUUAAAGAUAAUAUAUUCUAAGAAAAAGAAUUACUUAUUAGAGAAUUAAAAGAAAAACUAGAUAAAGCAAGAUAAGAUGAAUAACAUUUAGUUGACAGAUUGUAUAUACUUGAAAAACAAAAUAAAGAACUUGCAUAUAUUAAAGAAAAUUUUGAUAAUCAUAUAGAAAGGUUAAAUAGAAGAAUUUCAGAAUUAUCAGAAAAUCAAUAAAACUAAUAAAAUUAUGUUAAAUUCUCAAAUGACAAUAAAUAAUCAUAAUAAUCUGCUCUUAAAAAAACAGUUGCUAAAAGAUGA